AUGUUUAGUGAAAUAAAGUAUACAUUGAAUUGGAUUUACAUUUAAAUUUGAAAUCAUAUUUACAUUUGAUUUCAGUGUUUGGUUUCAAUCACUGAUUAAACCAUUUGUGAGACAAUAAUAAUAAUGAUUAACAAUCAGUCCUUUCAGACGCUUCUCGUAUAACCAGAAGAAGAAGUGAACCAACGAUUGUCUCAAUUGUUUUGUCGCAAAAUUAAAUGUGAAUUGAGUUGAGGUCUGAGACAUGAGAGACGGCAAUGAGUUAGAGCCCAACCCGUGUUCGCCCCUCUAUUUGGCCACCGCUUCCGCACCACAAUCGGCGACUGAAGAGUCAUCGGCGGCGACCACAGCGUCGGGCGUGGCCUCAGCCGAGAAGACUGGACCCGAUGUGAAUGAGUUGGAUAUCGUGAGGGCCACACAAUACGGCGCUUUCGAGAGAUGCAAAGAACUGUUGGAAAGCGGUUACGAUGUGAAUGAAAGGGACGCCGAAAACGUAACGCUUCUUCAUUGGGCGGCCAUUAAUAACAGACGAGAUUUGGUUAAGUAUUACAUCGGAAAGGGAGCCAAUGUUGACGCCGUGGGCGGCGAUCUUCAGUCAACACCAUUGCAUUGGGCCACAAGACAGGGACACCUUUCGAUGGUUGUACUGCUGGUGCAUCACAGAGCAGAUCCGGCCAUUCUUGACGGCGAAGGCACGAAUUGUCUUCAUUUGGCCGCACAGUUCGGUCACACAUCGAUUGCCGCGUAUUUGGUGGCGAAGGGACAAGAGAUCAAUGCAUCGGACGCUAAUGGUAUGACACCAUUGAUGUGGUCGGCCUUCAGAGUGAAUGCGAGUGAUCCGACCCGACUUUUCAUUACAUUAGGCGCUAGUCUUUCAUUAUGUGAUAAACAGAACAGAAAUACAGCACUCCAUUGGGCCGUCUUCUCCAGAAACGCGUCUACCGUUGGAUUGCUAUUGAAAGCGGGCGCUAACGUGUCGGCGAAGAACGGCGCCGGAGAUACGGCAUUAGAAAUGGCCAACAAAUUGAAUGGAAACGUUUGGUUAAGACGUCGCUUAGAAGACGCCCACAAGAAAGAGAGAGUCUUCAUCACAUGUUUAAUUAGAAAGCCAUUGCGAUCCAAACACUGCUCACUAUGCAACCAAUGUGUGGCCCGGUUUGACCACCACUGCCCGUGGGUCGCCAACUGUGUGGGCGCUCUCAAUCACAAGUACUUCAUAUGGUAUCUCAUGUCACUAUAUUUAGUGAUUGUGUGGUAUCUUUACGGCACUUAUUUAUACAUUGAAAAGCACAUGACAUACAAUGAAGACUCCAAUGUGUGGACAAUUAUAUCUUAUUCGUGGUCUCACAACGGAUGGAUUACAUGGUGUGCACUGAAUGCUGCCGUUCACAGCACUUGGGUCUUCUGUUUGGUUUGGUGUCAACUCUAUCAAAUUGUAUGGUUGGGAAUGACUACAAAUGAGCGAAUGAAUUGUAGGCGUUAUAAACAUUUCAAAAGGGAUGAUAAUGGAGGCCCUAUUAGUCCUUUCAAUCGUGGCGUUUGUUAUAAUUUAUUGGAUUUCUGUGAGUGGAAAGCGUAUCGGUUUCGUCGCUCUGAGAACAAGGACUGGAGUACUGAAUCCAUCACUCGUUUCGGCUCUCGAGUCACACCUCCCGACCCAAUGAGACCAAUGAAUGGGUCGUCGAGAGGGGGCGGAGGGGGUCCGUGGGGUGCGGCCGGCGGUCACCCAAUGAUGGCCGGCGUCUCCUUCUCGGCCGCCUCUAAAGAGAUGGAGGAUAUCAUUAGACGACUCCAAAGCGGAUCAGUUUUGACCAAAUUCUUCAACAAACGAAAACCCGAACGAAAGACAUUCUUCGUCCGCAUAGACGCCCGACAACUGGUUUGGACGACCGGUUCAGUGGAUCUCAAGUCAGGCAUCGAUGGCUUAAUCGACUUGAGAGAAGUGAAGGAAGUGAGAAGUGGACCCAUUUCUAAGAUUAUGGACAAAAUGGUCGAAGAAGAUCCCGCGUCCAGGAAAUGGGAGACGUGUCUGAGUAUACUAUACGGACAGACCUUCCGCCUAAAGACACUGUCAUGUAUUGCCAACACUCCUCGUGAGUGCGAGCAAUGGGUUCGUGGCCUUAGAUUUCUGUUCGAAGAGACUCAGAGGGCGUCUCAUUAUCUUCAGUUAGAUCUAUGGCUGAGAAAAGAGUUUUAUUUGACGGAAAACUCUAAAUCCGUAAUAUCGCUCAAAGAAUUGAAGGCAUUUCUCACACGAAAUAAUAGCAAAAUUCAAAACAACAAACUUAAGGAAUAUUUCCAAGAAAUAGACCACAAGAAGACAGGAGAGAUGGGGUUCGACGGGUUCAGCACUUUUUAUCACAAUCUUAUUUAUGACAACAAAAUCUUUUGCGAAUACUUUGCCUCCUAUUCUAAUGAUCGCAAACUAAUCACUGCUCAAGAAUUUGCCAACUUUUUGGAUGCGGAACAGAGGGAACCGAUUGAUGACGAUCUCAAGACUGUCCACAAACAGAUGAAAGAGUUUCUUAGGGACUUGAGACGCGAAUCAAGUGAACCUUAUUUUACAAUUAAAGAGUUUAUGAAUUAUUUAUUUUCCAAACAAAACGAGAUUUGGGACACAAGUCAUGAUGUGGUGAACCAAGACAUGGAUAGACCACUCACUCACUAUUGGAUCGCCUCUUCGCACAACACAUAUUUAACCAAAGAUCAGGUGACGAGCGAGUCGUCCACCGACGCCUACGCCCGAUGUCUUCGGAUGGGCUGUCGUUGUAUUGAACUGGACUGUUGGGACGGACCGGAAGGCAAACCACUUAUAUUUCACGGCCACACACUUACCACUCGAAUCAAGUUUAUUGAUGUCAUCAAAACGAUUAAAGAAUACGCUUUCGUUACGUCUGAAUAUCCGGUCAUUUUGUCGAUCGAAAACCACUGCAGUAUUCCUCAGCAGAAAUAUAUGGCUCAGGCGUUCAGAGAUGUCUUCGGAGACCUAUUACUCACACAACUGGUCGAGAAGGAUGGGGUGGCUAUGCCUUCGCCCAAUCAGCUCAAGAGGAAGUUUAUAAUUAAACACAAAAAAUUACCGGAGGGUUCGGACGAGAAAUUUAUUCCCAUAAAGACUAAUGACGACAACAUUACUGAUAUGGAUGUCAGUAAUUCUGUUAAGAAUGGCGUCCUAUAUCUGGAAGAUCCCAUCGAUAGGAUAUGCACUGAAUGGAAGCCCCACUUCUUUAUGUUGACCAACGAUAGGAUGUAUUACGCGGAGAACGACCACAAUUCAGAAGAGGACGACGACAACGACGGCGAACGACACAAUGGUUUGGCUCAUAGAGAGGGCUCAUUGAUUGGCACCGAAGAGUUGCAUUUGGAUGAGAAGUGGUUUCACGGAAAGCUAGCGGGCGGUCGCAAUCAGGCCGAAGCCCUUCUGCACCGGUACUCGCAUUUAGGGAACGGAACUUUUCUAGUGAGAGAUAGCGAUACGUUUGUCGGCGACUAUUCGCUGUCGUUCUGGAGAGAGGGUCGCGUCAAUCACUGCCGAAUCAAACAAAAACAGGAGAGAACGGGAACUAAAUAUCAUUUAAUAGAUUCGGUCACAUUUGACACGCUUUACGGUCUCAUAACUCACUAUCAAUCGCAUCCACUGCGAAGUCAAGAGUUUGCCAUCCAAUUGACUGAACCCGUGCCUCAGCCCAACUCACACGAAGGCAAGGACUGGUAUCACUCGAAUAUGACACGAGUCCAGGCGGAGGAUAUGCUCAAACGGCUCCGAUAUGACGGCGCCUUUCUUGUCAGGCCUUCAGAAAAGGAAGAAAAUUCGUUCUCCAUUUCAUUUCGGCCUGACAAGAAAGGCGCCGUCAUAUCGGAGCCGUUUGAGCAUAUCCUCCGCCUGGACUCGUGUCAUAUUCGAGUGAUACCAGUCCUUGCCUUC